CUGUGAUCUGCUGUUUUCCAGUAUUUAAUGGUACUGUUGGACGAGUGCGGAGACGAUGACCGCCAGGAACUUAUGCAGAGCUGCCUGCACUUCAGCAGUGAAGCUGCUACCCAGAGUAGCGCCAACUACAAUGGAAGCAUCUGUGGAAGCAAGGAAAUAACCAAACUGGGAACAUCGUAAAGGUCUUAAUUACUUGUAAUGUAUGCAUGCAAUCAAAAAUAUCAAUGUUUGCUACAUCAUCUAGUAUGCUGUGAAAUGAAAUUAACGGUUAGUAGUGUUUACUGUGAUUUUUAUUUAAUCUGAUUAUACUAAACAAAAAAAAAUUACAUUUUGGAAAAAAAAAAUUACAUUUUCGUGAGCUUGUGUUUGUUACUGCAAAAAAAAUCUAAUUGCUUCAUAAUAGGAUUUGUCCUUAGAAUAUGAUAGAACUUUUUUCCUCCACUUUUGCGUAAUUCGAAUGAUAUGAGAUGGUAGUAAUGAAAUAUAUUGCACGAAUGAGGAGGAUUGAUGCAAGGCAGUGCAAUAUUUAGCUGUAGUGAGUGAAGAAGUUACUGCAGCACAUCUUUAGAGGUUACGCCCAUGUAAACCAUUCAUUGAUAAAGUAUUUAGACUAAAAUAUCAACAUUUUCUUGGCAGUCUUCACAAGAUUCUGCUGCUAUGCCAGGAAAAAUAAAUGGCACUGAACUGAUAAAAUUAAAUCAUUGCUUUGCCUGUUUAAAAGCAGCUGUGGGAUUGUAGCAAAAUGUAAAUAUGUGAAUUAAAAAAUAAAAAAGUGGAUGAUUGCAUUUUACUGUGCAAUUAACAAAAGAAAAAUUGCAUCCUUAUGACAAUAAAUAAUUUGUUCCAUGUAUGUAAAUUAGAUCAUUCAAUUAUAGUCAACUGUAAAUAAAAAGUAUGUAAAAAAUACAAAGAAUAAUGUUUUUAUUAAUAUUAUUAUUGUGGUUGUUGUUGUCGGUGGUGGUUUUGGUUAAAAACAGGCUAUAAACGUAGAAUUUACAUCCAUAUAGUGUUUUCUGAGCCAAUUAUAUAUAUGUUAGGAAUAGUUUGGGUAAAUGUUCAGUUUAUUCACACACAUUAUCUAUUACAAACAGCUGGAAUGCUGUCUAAUCUGUCAUCAGUGAAAGGAUUCGGAGUUGUUACGUUUUUGAGGAGGGUCUGGGGUGUUCCGAAUUCAUGUCCUUGUAUAAAAGGGUGUUCGUUUUUUGAAGCAGUUUACAUUUGUUUCAAAACUAUUUCGAAACCAUGAGUCUCUCUGCCAAGGACAAAGCUGCCAUCAAAUCCUUCUGGGUAAAAGCCUCCCCAAUGGCUGAAGAAAUCGGUAGUCAAGCUCUGUACAGGAUGCUGACUGUUUACCCUCAGACCAAAACCUACUUUACCCAUUGGACGGACAUGAGCUUCAACUCUGCUCAGUUGAAGAAGCACGGAAAGACUAUAAUGUCUGGUGUGGAAGUGGCUGUCAACAAAAUCGAUGAUCUGACCAGCGGGAUGCUCAGCCUAAGCGAGCUGCACGCUUACCAGCUGCGUGUUGAUCCAGCCAACUUCAAGAUCCUCUCACACAAUUUGCUUGUGGUUCUGGCCAUCCUGUUUCCCACUGACUUUACUCCUGAUGUACAUGUGUCUAUGGAUAAGUUUCUUGCUGCAGUGUCCCUGGCCCUCUCCGAGAAGUACAGAUAAACCCCUCUGCAGAGACCAGAACAGAGACCACCACACACACAAAGUUUUUCUCAGAGCUUGUAAAUGUUCUUGACUGCUCUAAAUAAAAGUCCAAAAAUGUUUGGUCUGUAAAUGAAAA